UACAAAUCCACCGCUGUGGACUUAUCAGGACUUAUCUGUCAGAAAUGAUACAAGGAACAAUUGGUUAAAUUGUGGGGGUGUUUCUGAGUCCCAUCAAUUCGUGCCGCCUGCUACAAAUUUAGGUCACGUGAUUCGGUAUCCAUACAUAACGUACACAUGCAUAACACAUACAUAAGACACACCUGUGCUCAAUGUAAGGUCAUUUUUUAUUAAAGAUUUCAUCCAUCGGAAAUGAUACGACUGAGCAGCCUUGGCGGAGGCUGCGCUCUCUGAGUGCCUUUCUUGUUCUCAUUUUAUUUUCUUAACUUAUUUAUCUUGUACGUUUCAAAGCUAUCUUAUCUUCUAAAGACACUUACUGAAACAUGAACAUUUUCAGAAUGCACUUUUUUUUCCUGUGCAAAACACAGGGAAAAAUCUGGAGUUUGGGGGGUGGGGGGGGGGGUGUUCGGUUAUUCUGCUUUGAUUAUACUGCUUUAGCCCUCUUGAGAUCAACUUGGACUACAUGUGGCCCCUGGACUAAGAUGAGUUUGACACCCUGCUCUACACCGUGGGUUUAGACGUGUGUAAACUGAACUUUAAGCAGCAGAAAAUUGUUCAUUCCAUGGUUUUCACAACAAACAGGCCCAUCUAAGCUGCAUAGGAGCCUCCUGAAACAUUCAUUAACUGUUAGUUGAAUUAUUUACAGUUGCACUGACUGAGUUACGCGGCAGCAUAAUGAACGGAGUAUCGUGUUUGUUUGUGUGCGUUUGUGUGUACAUUGGACUGUGACAGGAAAUGCGACUGCUUUUAAAGAAGAAGAGCGUCGUUCUGGCAGUGCUGCUCCUUGUCGGGGGAUUGUACUUCAUCAACCACUCCAACUUCCUCAUGCCUGGCCUGUCAAGGUCACCUGAGGCACAUCCAAGUGAGCUGAGCUGGCAAGGAGAGCUGCUGGUUAGUAAGGAGUCGUGGGUCGACCGGGGACAGUACCUGCCUUUAAAUGUGUCCUAUCAGCUGCUCGCUGGAGCGCCGGCAACUCAACAGAGGUAUCUGUCUAUUGGGAUAUCCUCGGUGCAAAGGAAGAAGGACAGCUAUCUCAUCUCCACCCUGCUGUCUGUUUUCUCAAAGUCGUCUUCUGCCGAGCGACGCUCCAUGGUGGUGGUCGUGCUGCUGGCAGACUUCGACACCCGCUGGAGAGUCGCUACGCUGACGGAGAUCAAAACCACAUUUGCCUUGGAGCUGGAACAAGGCCAGCUCGUGGUCAUCCAUGUUCCUCAGGAGUUCUACCCUCCCAUCACAGGUCUAAAGAGGAAUUACAACGACGCUCCUGAUCGGGUAACCUUUCGCUCCAAGCAAAACCUGGACUACGCCUUCUUGAUCCACUACUGCGCAGGGCUCGGACAGUUUUACCUGCAGCUGGAGGACGACAUCGCCUGUGCAAAAAACUUCCUCAGCAGCAUGAAAAGCCGCAUAGAGGAGCAGAACACGAAAAAGAUCACCUGGGCCACGUUGGAAUUCUCGUCCCUCGGCUACAUCGGGAAGCUCUACAAGUCGGCCCACCUGCCUCUCCUGGCCCGUUUCCUUUUUCUCUUCUACCAGGAGAUGCCCUGCGACUGGUUAUUGACUCACUUCAAACUGGUGAUGACCCAAAAAGAGACAAUCCUCUUUAAACCGUCGCUGUUCCAACACAUGGGGACUUUCUCCUCGUACAAAGGGCGUCACAACAAGCUAAAGGACAAGGACUUUGAGGAUGGUUUCUACACCAAUCCUUUAGCUGAAGUUUACUCCGACAUGUCCACCUACCAGAAGAACUACCCCAACCUGGCCUGGGACGCUGGGGAAGGAUACUUCUGGGGAUAUGCUCCACAAAAAGGAAAUCACUUGACAGUAGUGUUCAAGGAACCUGCAGUGGUGACGUGGAUUUUGGUAGAAACGGGGUCAGGAUUGAAAGACCUGCUGCGUUCGGCUCAGGUGGAUCUCGGCCACGACGUCGUCACUGCAAAUAAGGACAAGACCUGUAAAGAGUUCCAGAAAGUGGGAGUGAUCGAAAAAGGGAAGUUUGAGAUGGAGGAGGUAGACAAAAAGUACAGUUCUGCCUCCUCAUGUCUGAGGAUACUGGUCACGGCUGAACAGAAAGAUUGGGUCGUCAUUCAUAAAAUCAGGAUCACUACGAAGCGGAGUUAAGCUCCACGCCAGAAAUAAGCCUUCAUUUUUCUUCCUGCCAGAUUAAUAAUUAAGUAUUGAUUGGCUGGGCCUUGUAUGCAAACUGACAAUGUGACUUUUGUGCCUUAUUGAACUGUUUCUUUAAUCAAACCAGUGCUUUAUGACAUCGUGACGCUGCUGUAAGAAAAUGUUUGACUAAACUCUGUGAUGAUGUGAUACUUCUUCGACGUAAUGCAGAAAUUUGCAGUAAGUCAGCCAUAAACCAAAACCUGCCAGGAUAACCCUCUGAACCCCCCAAACCCGCUAGUUGUUGUUGUCUUUCUUUAGAAAUGCCAAAAUGACACCAUUUAUCAGAGCCAUACUCUAGUAGAACAACUUAUCUGAGGCGUUCUGUUUUUAAAAUUAACCAAUCUAAACUUACAUUUGUGAUUUUUCAUCAAAAUCACUUUAUUUGAUGCAUCUCAUUUAAAAGAUGACCAAAAAUAAAUUGUUUGCACUGACCAGAUUCUGUAAAAAAAAGAAAAAUUCUGCGUUCCUUGGCUUAACUGUGAAACUAUUAGUGAUUCAGGUGUGAUCAACAGACACAUGACAAAAAUUCAACUGCAGAUUGUGUUUACACAAAGCAGGUUGUCUUCUUUUCUUUAAAUUGCAAAAAAAUACAACAUUUAUUAGCAACAAACUGUAAAUAUGGAAAGAAUUGUCUCAUCUGUGACAUGCUGUUUGUUUAGGAGCCAAAUCUACGCAUAAAAUUGUAAUAUUUCAUCAAAAUAAUUGUAUUCCUCAUGUCUCACUUAAAAAAAAUCCACCAGUCAGGAUCUGUAAAAAAAAAAAAAAAAAAAAAAAAUGUGGUGUUCCUUGGUCCAAAUGGGAAGCCAUUUGUGAUUUGGCUGCGACCAACAGUCAUGUGGGGAAAAAAAUCUGGUUCAUUUCAGCUGAAAUCGGUUGAACUGCAGGCAGUGUUUACACAAAGCAGAUUGUCCUUUCUUUAAAAAAAAAAACUCCAAAAAUACACCAUUACACCAUUUAUCAGAGCAGCAAACUGAAAUAUAGAAAGAAUCAUCAUAUUUUCAGCUUUCUGACAGCCCCUGAACUACUCAUCUGUGGCAUGCUGUUUGUUUAGGAACCAAAUCUACGCAAAAAAUUGUAAUAUUUCAUCAAAAAUAAUUAAAUUCCUCAUGUCUCACUUGAAAAAUCCACCAAAAAAUAACCAUUUACUCUAAUAGUAUUCUCUAAAAAACUAAAAAAAUAGGUGUCUCUUGGCCCAUUAGUGAUUUGACUACAUCCAACACUCAUGUGACAAGAAUUCUGGGUCAUAUCAGCUGAAAUCGGUUGAACUGCAGGCAGUGUUUACACAGAGAAGGCACGAGUUUGGAAACAAGUUCAACAUGUAAGUCGUACAAUAUCUACAGCAUGUAGAGUCUCCAUUUUUUUCCAGUAUAGGUAAAACCUGGGAGCACUUUGAAACAUGUACAUUACCAGUUUAAGCUCGUUUGUUUUGUCUUUUUUUAUGAUUUGUGGCAUUAUAGCUGUGUCAUACAGCACAGAAGAUGUUUUGAGUUGUUUUUGAUUCUAGCCAUGUUUGUGCUGUUUUCAUACAGGCACAGGACUUUGUAUUCCAGUUAAAGUAUGUCCACAGUGAGUAAAAAUGUGGGGUUCAAAGGGUUAAGACACUGGAGGCGGUUAUUUUUGCUUGCUGCCUUUAAAUGUUGUUGUAUAUUACACAUGUGGCCCUUCAUGCUGCAAAACAUUGCUGCCGUCCCAAAGUCUGAGAAACCACCGACUAACAAAUGUGCCUACUAACCGCCUGCUUGUGCGUCCUCGUGGAGAGAACAAUACCUUUUAUUCUUUUCGGUGAUGCUGGAACUCAUUAUGCUGGUCAGCUGGCAGAACAGUAAGACAUUCUGGACUCUAGUGACAGCUGACAACACGAGGAAAACGUGUAUAAAAGAGAGAUAUUUUGAGGAAAGCUUUGUAUAUUUAUUUGAUUAUACACUGAUGUGCUGGAAAGCUGCUUCUGUACAAUCACUGAGAGACGACACUUUAUUUUUACAGCUGUUUUUGUGAUGUAUGAAGGAUUUGAUUACAUUCACUGGUCUCUGCUCAGAGGAUGCUGGUGUUGGCCGGCUGCUUCCUCGGCAGGCCUCUGAGCUGGCUGGUCUUCGGUCGCAUUGCUCCGGCUGGCAGCUCUCUGGGCGACAGUGACGAGGCGGUUUUGGGACGUCGGUCAGGCCUCGGCUGCUGAGGACGGAGCUGCGGCUUCCUGCUGUAUAUCCCCGCUGGUCUGAAAUGAGUGAAAAUAGAUGAUGAAGCCACUCAGCAGACCUGAACCUUCUUCCUCUUGCUAAUGUAAAGUUGAGUUCCUAACCAGUAGCCACACUGAUGCCUUUACUUCCACUUGGUUAAAGUUCUUUGUGUGGGUGGAGAGCAGUUGUUCAUUCAGCUGCCAUAACAAUCAGCUGCUCGUCUUCUAACGAGGAACAAACCAAGUGUGAUCACCUCAGACCAGCGCUAGCCUCCCUCCACCGGCUGAAUGUAUGUUUGGCUUUAUGAUUUUGUUGUGUUUUUAUGUUUUUAACUUCAGCUUUUAUUGUGCUACAACUUUUUAUUGUUUUAUGUUUUACUAUUUUUCAGAUUUAGAUUCGUAUGCCUGUGCUAAAGUCUUAUCUAAUGUGCCAAGACCGGUAGCUUCUGGUGGCUAAUGUUAACCAGGGAACUUGAACAAUACUUUGUCUGGCUAUUCUACUGUUAUUAUUUGACUUUAUGAUGGUCUGUGACAAAAUUCAAAGAUUUCCCUGUAAAGUCUCUAAAAAUAAACAGGCUUCAAAUCCUUGUUUCAUUAUGAAA